UAACUUAUCGAUGAAAUAUAUAAAGAAAGAAAAGGUAGAAGUUAAUAAUUAUUUUUUAAGAUGACAAAACAAGAUUGUGAAUGGAAAAUUUCGGAAUCUCAUGUAAGAAAGCCGAAGAAGAGAGGAAGAAAGAAGAUGGAUGAAGAAGAAAGAAAAAUACGAAGACUACAUCAAAACAGAGUUAGUGCUCUAAAGUGAAGACAAAAGAAGAAGAAUCAAUAUGAGAAGCUUGUUAUUGAGAAAAAUGAGCUAAUCGAGAAAGCCCAACAAAUGGAAUUAAGAAUCAAGCAAUUAACUUUGCAGUUUAACAAUGAGCGUAUCCAAAAAGAAUCUUUAUUGGAAAGAGUUACUUGUUAUGAAAAUCUCCAGAAAGGGGUUGUAGAUACUCACUCUACUCAUGACUCAAAGUUUACCAAUGAAGAAGACCUCAAUAAGCAAUCCCUUUUGACUUCUUUAUCUCUGACUCCAUCAUUCACUCAGAAAUAUUGCUGGAGUUCCAUUAAUCCAACAGGCCAAUGAACUUUGAAUGUCAAUAAUCAAAGUAAUGUUGAAGGAGCUCAAACGCUAUCAAGCUGUACAAACUUAUCCCCAAUGAACCAGGCUCUUAACCCUGAAAUAGCUGCAGCUAAGACUUUCUUCCCGCCAUAUACACGGAUCCUGGAUGCUCAACAAUAACCUCAAUUGCUGUGUUUGAAAGAAGACUUGUAAAUAACUUCAUAAAUAAAAAUUUUGAACACAAUUCAAUGGAUUACUCGUAUUUUUGGGAAGAAGCUUCUCCUUGCCUAUAUCGUAGGUUUAGCCAGAAAAUGACUCGCUUUAGGCAUCCAUAGCGAAAAUAUAGAAAUGACAUCAUUUUAAAUAACGGAUACAAAUUUGGAUAUGGAGUCUCUGUUAGAAGAAGGAAAAGAGGUUUUUAGAUGGAGUUAAAAUGAAUAAAUCUCAGCUCCUCUUGAGGAACUCUAUCGAAUUUUACAACCUAGGCUUCGUGUUGGCUUUCAGAACUUGGAUAAAUUUUAAUAGCUGUUAAGUCAGCAAUAUAGUGACCACAGAUGUGAAUAUUUUAUGAAUAAUGUGUUGAACUCUAGCUAUAAUAUGCAGGCUUUGUAGAGACACAGGAGUCUUUAAAGACACUACACUAAUUUUAGCUAUUUUGUAUUCCUAAUUUUAGUUCAGGCCAUCCUGCAUGCUUAAAAUAUCCAAAUACCUCUUAAGAGCGUGGAUAAAUAUGAGGAAAGGUUUAGUAAAAACGUUGAAAAAUUUAUAUGCAAAACUUAAAGUUAGAGGAGCAAUAACUUGUCAAUAAUAUAAUCAGGAGACAAGAGCUUUGCUUUCUCAUAUCUAACCAAGUUUCUAAGUAGUACUCUCUCUUUAUUCACGAAAAAAAUCUUUUUAACAGGCUCAAAAUUGAGCACGAAAAUGUAAGGUUAAUUUGGGAUAAAAUUUUAUGAAAAUUGGAUACAAAUCGUAGAAAAAUAUUUCAAAAAAUCUAGGAAAAUUAAGCUUCUUUGCUUCCUAAUUUGAGCAAUUAGAUUCUUAAUUGAAGCCUUAGCUUCUCAGAAAAAUGUAAUUUUAGCAUUUGGAGUUGUCGAGUUUUAAUAUAAUUUUUGACAAUUUGGGAGCUUUCAAAAGCAACUAAAAAUGAUUUUAAAAAUCUCUGAUUUACCGAAUAAUAAUUUCUAAGAGUUGUUAUUUAUGCUUUAUUCCUAGCCAUCUAGAUCACUCCUGCUCCUAAAAUAUGGAGAACUGGGCUAUGAUCAGAGAGCUAUGUUGAUAAUUAAAGCUCAUAUCUAAUAAUUAGCUUAAAGACAUUGUUCUUUGAAGAUCCAAUUAAGUUCCUAUGGAGUUUUUACUUUCAUUUUCUUUCAUAACUAGUACCAAUUAUGGUUCAAAAGAGCAUCUAAAAGCAUAAA